AUGGCAGCUCAACCAGAAACUCUAAAAUAUGGUCCUCAAUGGAUACGGGAAUUACCGGAUAGUGCAUUUAAUCCGACGAGACAUUCAAGUCGCAGUCCAACGAGAAAUCGCAUUGCAAACAUGUCACCGGUGCCGUCCAUAAAAUGUCUGCCAAAUAAUUCUUCCAGUUGUGCAGAAGUCUCUAGUUCAUCUUUCGGGGACAAAAGGAAAGACUUGGUUUCAGAUAGUGUCGGGCAGUCCUUUUGGUUCGGAGAAUCUCUGUGUACUCCUGUUUCUGGGAUUGACGUAGAUGGUCAGGGACUUUCUUCUGGAGAGCCGUCUAAACAAUAUUCAAAUUGUGUCCCAUCUAAUUCAAUAUACUCUCGAAAAUGCAAUACAAACGAAGUCAUUAAUUCUUCAGGUCCUUGUGAUGAUGUCAACAAGCAUACCUUACAGUGGGAUCAAAAGUCUCUUAUUCCUGCACCUGAGCCAUGUUGGCAACUUUGCUCAACUUCAGGAGACGUCAUGUUGGUCGGCAAAACCCUAGAUUCAUUUCAUCUGAGUACACCAAUGCAUUCUAUCUCUUCACAGAGUGUAGGAUCUUCGGAAAUACCCUAUGCAGCCACUCCUGUUUUUCCUGGAAAUUCAUCGGUUUUAAGCAAUGCUACACUAAACGUGACCUCUAGUCCGCUUAAUGAUGGUGUUCCAGUUCCCCAAUCAGAUUCAUUUCGGAACAAUAAUGCUGAUUCAUAUAAUCAAAGUAAGCGGGCUGUUAGUGCUUAUUACGGGAUCAAGGAUCCAGACAAGAUAUCAGAUUCUAAUAUGAAUCCGAGUACAAUCUGGAUGCAACAGCAUAUUUGGUCUAAAUCUGUUCCUCAACACUUGCAUGGUCCUAAUCCUGUUGACUCCGUAUCCAGUUCCAUAUCGAACCUUUGUGGGGUCGCGACUACAGGAAGCGGUCGCCAUACAAGCUCUAGUGUUCCUGAUAUCGACAACAUACACCAUAUUUUUUCACGGUUACCUGCAUUCGACCGAAUUAUUCAGUCAAGUUUAAGUAAUCCCUAUCCCCCAUCUACUGUCAAAAUUCAAAAUCCUUGUAAUAUAUUAGAUGAAGAAAGAGGCUUCCUCAGGCCUGAUGGGUCUGAUCAACCUGAUGAACAUAUGUGGCUAUAUGAAGAUCCUCAAGGUAGGACACAAGGCAGUUUUAGCGAUGCUCAAAUGAAUGAAUGGCUUAUGGCUGGGAUUUAUUUCACUCCGUAUCUUCGUAUUCGACGUAAAUGCGAUGACACAUUUUCUACUCUAGCUAGCUAUACACAACUGUUUGAACGUGUUCCAUUUGUUCCUGGCCCACGGAUACCUCCUAUUCAUGGAGGAAUCAACCUAACAAUGUUGGCAUUGUCUAAUACUGCUGGCUCGAAUAAACUCACUGUUGAAAGUUUGGAUAAUUCCUCUAUAAAUUUGACAUCAAGUGGUAAUUCAAACAGUCACAAUCAUGCGGAAGUUAAUAUGAUCAACCCAAGAAUCAUCGGAGCCAACUCAGUUGAUGACAGUCGUAUCUUGUUAUCUGAAUCACAGCGCCGCGUUUAUCAACAGCUUUCAGAUUUUCCCACUUCUAAUGCUACAACCAAUGCUACCGGAACAUCGGUAUCUUCAUGUCACGUUACUGAAGAGAGUUUACACAUUAUGAGACCCAAGAAUCCUUUGUAUGGUCUUAGUGACAUAUCAGUAUCAGUGAGUGCGCCAAUAUCCUUGUUAAACAGUUCGAUCAGUAAUUUAAGACUUGGUGAUUCUACGGAAGCAGAUUUUAAGUCUAUACUAGACAACUCCAGUAAUCUACACCAGCAGAAGCAACCAGUUACUUCAGUCUCAAAUUUCAUGAACUUAGCCUCAUUAAUUUCACUGAAUCAGUCUUUCCCAUCCUUUAACUUUCAAUUCCCUUCCAGACCUCAGACUGAAAAUGGAACUACCAUGGAAGACCUCACUGCAACAGCUAGCUCAUUUCUGUCUCCAGGUUUUUGGUCUAUUUUAACCCAGUACCUAAAUCUGAAUCCACCUUCUUCAAACCAGACUACUACGCCUAUGCAACAACUAGCUGAAACGGCACAGUUAGCAGCCCAACUUGCAGCUUUAGCUGGAUCGCAUAGUCCGGAUCAAACUCCCAUGCAACCUGCUCAGGCAUUAGCUCUAGCGCAAUUUCUGAUGACUCGGGGUGUUGGGCUGGGGAACGGUAAUACAACAACAAGUAACUGUUCCAACGUUGGUCCAAUCUCUUCCAAAAAAGAUGAGUGUUUCGACGAAGAUUGUGGUCCUAAUUCAUGUAGUCUGCAUACUUCAGGAACUUGUGCUAUAAGUGAACGGCGUCAGGAAUCACAAACACAGAGGCCUUGUCUUGGUUCGUCAGCAAAUCGAAAUCCAUCUCAUGGUGGUGAUGGGCGAUUCAAUUCACUGAACAAGACAUCUAGUGAAAUAGUGUUUGCGAAAAAUUGUACGAACAUGUCAGAUAGUUCACCUAAUGGCAAUCAAAGUGGGCAUUCUCAUCGUUCAAACAAUCUAAACAAAUCUCAACCUUCACUUGACGGAUGCGGUCGAAGUCAGCAAAAUGGUCGAACACCAACAAACACUGGCUUUUGUUCUAGUGCUUCUGCACGUAGUGUAGAAGUGAGACAGAAUGUAAAUAAUCUAUCCCUAACGGGAUCCACAAACCAGAGCAAAACUAAGGUCAAACAUCCAACUAGUGGGCAUUUGGAACGUGUACAAUUGUCGGAUGCUCGGUUCGCACGUUUUGAAUCUGAUUCUGGGAAUUCGUCGAGUUCUGUGGUUAUUGAUAAUGCAAGUGCGAACAGCCAAAAACCACUCACCAAUUCGGUAUCUAAAUCAAGUAAUGUUCGAUCACCUACGAAGGCAACUGUUCUGAAUAAUCCCUCAUCGGCUCACUCAGCUGCUAAUGCAAAUAUUCGUUCGUCUGAAACUACAUUCUCAUCCGUUGUAUCAAAUUCAGAAAACGAUUCUGAUCAGACGGUUGAAGAAGAACUUAAAAGGCUAACGCAAUGGUGUCAGUCAAGACUUAGUUCAAUGCCGAUGCGUGAAAAGGUCGAUAUCCCGACGGUUGUUGAAUUAUUGGCUACACUAGAUGCUCCUUACGAAGUUGAACGAAUGGUACAAACAUUUUUGGGUGAAACAGCUCGUACAACCCAGUUCGUCAAAGAUUUCCUUGAUCGUCGAAGACCUUUCUGGCAGCUGCAUAGAAAACGCAGGGAACAGGCGUGUACUAUGCAGGAAUCUACAUGUCAAAAUCCUGGUAAUCAGUCUGUGAACACAGUUCGACCGACUGAAAAAAAGAAACGGGCAAACCCAAAUGAUUGCAGUACCAGUAACACACAGCGCCAGAACGCUAGCACUUGCAAUGGCCUGAGUUGGACCAAAUCAGAUCCUGUUCACCUAACAAAUACUGAACAGGCGCAGGAUAAUCAGUGGCAUCAUAUCAAACCUAAAGGAAGUCAUAAUCGUAAAUGCAAAAAAGAUAAAUCAACGUGA